AUGGAUUCUCAGAUCGCUCAGUUCGCCACUAUUACCGGCGCGUCCACCAAGGAGGCGAAGAAGUACCUCACCAAGUACAGGCGACUCGAUACCGCCGUCGAUGCCUUCUACAACAACACGCCGCCCCCAAAGAGUUCUGCUUCGACAACGAAGCUGAACGCGCUCUUUGACAAGUACAAGGAUCCCGACGGCGACGAUAUCGCAGUCGAGGGAACGAUCAAGUUCUGCGAGGACCUCGGCGUGGAUCCAGAGGACGUCGUACUGCUCGCUGUUGCGUACGAGCUGAAGUCACCGUCGAUGGGUCAGUGGAGUAGGUCAGGAUGGGUGGACGGUUGGAAAGCGCUAGGCCGUAUCGUCCCUCACAGCGUCGACACCAUCCCCACGAUGAAGGCGCAGCUAUCAACGCUGAAGCAGCAGCUCGCGCAGGACGCGGACUACUUCAAGAACGUAUACAACUACACAUUCGAGUUCUCUCGACCGCCUGGACAGCGUUCUCUGGGUCUGGACCUCGCGCAGGGCUUCUGGCAGCUGCUGAUUCCCAUCGGCCUGCACGGGGGCGCGCUCUCGCACAUGUCGGCAGACGAUCGGGACGACGACGGCGACCAGGAGAUGAGCGCGAGCGGGGAGGACGGCUGGGCAGACGAACACACGACCUGGUGGUUCGAGUACCUCGUCUCGAGCGGGACCAAGGGCGUGAGCAAGGACGUGUGGCAGAUGUUCCUGGAGUUUGUGCGGACGAUCGACUCCGAGUUCACAAAGUACGACGAGGAGGGUGCUUGGCCGUCCACUUUCGACGACUUCGUGCAGUACGCUCGAAAACGUGCAAACAGCGCGUGA